CGAAAAUCGGCUUUACGUAGCGAUGAGUUGAGGAGCAGAAACACAGAGAGGGGGAAUUUCAAUUUAGCGACGAGUGAGCAAGAGAGCACAAUCGGUGGCGGCUGCUUUCUUCUGGAGAGCAGAGGGAAGAGGGCGAGCAUGGUUUUCUCCAGCAGGGCUGUGUGGGAGCUGCGGUGAAGAAGCAGUGAAGCCCUCAGGAUGGUGAAAAUCACCGAGGAACAACUUAAGCUGCAGAGCCGCACGUUCACUCACACCUUCGAAACACUAGCGAGCUGAAGCACUGAGUGGUGGAGGAAAUUCGCCCGAGUCGAACUGGAGAACUUAUUUACCCGCUACUGCGACCAAGACUAAACCUUCACGUUUAGAAGUUUCCACAAAGUACUAACGCUGGUUUUAAGGUGGGGACGUUUGUGUUUAAAGUUUGCAAUUUUGUAUUUAACAUGUAGAUGAACGAUAUGUUACUGCACUUUAAGUCCAUGUUAUGAUUCACAAGUGCCAUGAACUCGUUUUCAGUGCUUUUGGAAGAACACUUUACUUCCAGAGAUCUACCUAUUAGACCUGUAGGCUUCAGGUUAGCUUUGCAGAGAGGCUGGCAGUUGAACAGAGGAUGGUGAGGAGAAUGCAGAACCAUCAUCAGAACUGAUACAUGGACUUAUUGGUGUAAUUUUGGAAGGAUGAGCAGCGGCCCCACUAUAGUCUACGAGUGGUUGAAGACCCUCCAGCUUUGCCAGUAUGUUGAAGCGUUUGUGGAUAAUGGCUACGAUGACUUGGAAGUGUGUAAACAGAUAGGGGACCCUGACCUGGAUGCCAUCGGAGUGUUCAUCCCUCAUCACCGGCAAAAGGUUCUCCGUGCGGUUAAGAGGCUGAGAGAUGAGGACAAGAAGGUGGCACCUGGACUUUACUUCACCUUAGAACCACUUCCAGGUGUCUCCAGUGUAGGUCUACACUCCUCCCAACUGUGUGACCCUACACCCAAUGGCUCAAAGUCAUGGAUCUCGCCUGCAUGGGAAAGACCAGGACUGAACCCAAGCUUUGGACUGUCCAAUAACAAUCUAAUUCUUGAACAAUCUAUGGAUCCAGUGACUUACCCCAAACUCAAACUGAAGAUUCUGAUACGGGACAAGCUUGUCAAGGAUGGAAUCGACCUGAGUAAGCCCCCCUACUCAUUUAAGGAUGGCUCUCUGGGAAACAUUGAGGACUUGGCCAAGGAGUACUCGGAGUAUUACAGCACCUCUUACAGUGACGUGUGUGAGAGGAUGGAAGAGCUUCGAAAGCGCAAAGUGGCUCAGGAGGCAGAAACAAAGGCUGAAUCAACAUCCACAUCACUUCAGCUGCGCACAGAAAUCCAGGAGUCGCUGGGCCUGAGCAGUGCUGUGUCUACUCCUGAGGUUGAGAGAAGGCUGUCAAUGCAUAAGUCGAGCUCGGAAGAUGGAUCUGGAGGGAGAUGGGACUCUAGAAGAAAAAAUAAAUCCUUCUGGCAAAAUUUUCGCAAGACACAGAAAGGCACUAUGCGUCAGACAUCGAAAGGCGAAGACCUGGGCUUUGUUGCCAGUGAGAUCACAAUGAGUGAUGAAGAGCGAAUCCAGCUGAUGAUGAUGGUGAAGGAGAAGAUGAUUACUGUAGAGGAGGCUUUGGCUCGGCUGAAAGAGUAUGAGACUCAAAGCCGACAGUCAUGCAACACAGACACAACAGAGUGGAUUGACCCUUCCAGUCCAGCUAUGAACGAGUUCUCCAACUGCAACUCACGGGAACAGUCAGACGAUGAACUGGAGGAGUCGCUGGCCUUUCGCAGACUGCACAAACUGGUCAGCUCAACUCGGCGUGUGAGGAAGAAGCUAAUCAAAAUAGACGAGAACAAAAAACCUACGACAAAAGACUUAGUGGGCUCUGAGGUGUCUCCCACUUGUGAGGAUAACACCUCUCUGUACUCCGGGGUGCAGAAGCGAGUUGUCCAGGGUGAUGGACUGGCUUCAGUUCUGCAGGAGCAGCUGUCUGUGGAUGGAGAUUCGGACAGCCUGACAACUUCACCCUCUUCUAGCAGCCUGGACACGUACAGCAGCCACAAGCUCUUCAAAGCAUUCAGCAAGUCCAGCAGCAGUCAGGGUUUGGGCCAGACUUCCUCAGGCCCAUGUGGAGCUGCUCCGGGGCUUGAUGCAGGCAGCGGCUCCUCCUUUUCAGAGGCAGAGGGCUGCUGUGAGGAUCAGCCCAGGAUGGCCCGCUCUGUGACAGACAGUGAAAUGAGACGUGCCCUGAGCCCUUCCAACUACCACGGGAGGGCCUGUAGCUUUGGAGGAUUUGACCUUGUGAACCGGUCUAUAUACAUGAGAGAGAGCAGCUGUGACCCUAAUAAUGAGAGUGAAGACAGCAGGAAAGAGGCAGCGAGGUCGCCUACCCCGUCCCGCAUCUCUCUGGGCAAGAAGGUGAAGUCAGUGAAGGAGACAAUGAGGAAACGUAUAUCCAAAAAGUACAACUCUGCUCUGUCUGAACAGACAAGCCCCAACAGAGAGACAGGCUCCCCCCAGUCCCCACACACACACAACGACACUCUGGAGAAACCCAAACUGAAAGCUGGAGGCUCUGUCGAGAGUCUGAGGAGCUCACUGAGUGGACAGAGUUCAAUGAGUGGUCAGACAGUGAGCACUACAGACUCCUCAGCCAGUAACAGAGAAAGCGUGAAAUCAGAGGACGGUGAUGAUGACGAGCUGCCAUACAGAGGGCCUUUCUGUGGUCGAGCCCUUGUACACACCGACUUUAUCCCCAGCCCUUAUGACACAGACUCCCUCAAACUCAAGAAAGGAGAUGUAAUAGACAUCAUCAGUAAGCCACCCAUGGGUACAUGGAUGGGCCUGCUGAAUAACAAGGUGGGCACCUUUAAAUUCAUCUAUGUGGAUGUAUUGAGUGAGGAAGAGGAGAAGCCCAAACGCAGUGUCAGAAAGAGGCGGAAGAGCCGGCCACCAAAACCCACAUCUGUGGAAGAGCUUCUGGAGCGCAUUAAUCUCAAAGAGCACUUGCCCACAUUCCUGUUUAAUGGCUAUGAGGAUCUGGACACGUUUAAGUUGCUGGAAGAGGAGGACCUGGACGAGUUGAAUAUUAAAGACCCCCAGCACAGAGCAGUACUGCUGACUGCAGUGGAGCUGCUGCAAGAAUAUGACAGUAACAGUGAGCCUGAGCGUGGAGGUUCUUCAGGAGGUUCUGAGGAGAAGGUUCUGUCAGAGAGUGGAGCCCCUCCAGAUUCCCCCCGUGACUCUGGCUGCUAUGAGAGCAGUGAGACAUUGGAGAACGGAAAAGACAAAAAGGCAUCUCAUUUCAGCAGGUCCUCAUCAGGCUUUGAGUCCAGUCACCUCCCAUCUCCCGAGUAUCCAACACCUCCCCUCAGCCAGUCCAGUGGUGCCAGCAGUCGUGAUCCACAGUCUCUCCUGCUUCCCUUCCAAAUGACCAACGUGAAAGGACUUAGCAAUGGUAUGAGCCCCUGCUUGCUCAGAGCAAAGCUCUUCAGUCAGAGCUGUGAUGCACUAGUUGGUCUCCCUGCUCCUCAAGGGCUGUGGAAACGUUGCCUUUCAUUGGACGACCUUCUGCAGGAUCGGAUUCUCCACACAAAGGACUCAGAGGAUUUGAGGCCCACCCAUUCAGAAGGAUGUGACAGUGCACUGCACACAAACAUCCCUGCUGAGAGGCCUAGCCCAGUUCAAACUGAAGGUAACGUUCCAGAAAAGCCUCAGACAUGUGGCAACCCAGAGGAUGACUCUGCAGAGCUAGCCACAGGAGAUGAGUUAUCUGCUACUUUUCCUUCUUUUGACUCUAUCACAGCCGUAGUGGAGGCCGAGGAGCUACCUGUAGAUGGUCCUGAAGCAGGUACAGGCACACAUCAUAUGAAGCCACCAGUUCCUCCCAAACCUCUGCCAGUGUGCCUUGCAAAGGGCAAGGAGAUUAGCCCUGACAAUGCCCCUGGAUCCAGUAAACCUUUUAUCUAUAGAAUUGGAAAGAAGGUUCAGCAUGGCAAAGCGGCUAACCUGGAGUCACUUGUAGAGGAAAAGCUGAGCUUGGAUGGUAUUGACCUCACAGAGGAGCCCUAUUCUGAUAAGCAUGGCCGUUAUGGGGUCCCAUUCUCCCUCAUCCAGAGGUACUCUGAAGAUCUGAACAAGCCUUUGAGCGAUAUUGCAACAGUCAUGGAUCAGACAAGAGUCCAGCAGCUUCGUAAACAGCACCGCAUGGCAAUUCCAUUGAGAGGUUUAGCAUCAAUUUGCAUAAAGCUGUAAUUCCUUGAGCACACCGGGACAAUGCUGGAUGCCAGACCAUCUUGAUAGUUUCUGGCAUGGAUGCCUUGAUGAUCACAGCAACAUCUACAAAUGAGAGUGGAUCAUACACGAAGUUAUACAUAUUUCAACCACUGGUAGACCACAAUGGCAGUCCCAGCCAUGAAGGAAAAAACUGCAGAAAGACUGAUGCCAGAAUGUUUGAAUGGGACUACAAUGUCACUGACUGUUGUGAAGGAAAGCUGUAUGCUUUUCAAGCACUAGUGAAGCCAAUUAAGAUUAGCAAAGGAAGAGCAUGGUGGUCUUUUGUUUAAUGUUAUUAUACUUAACCUGUAGUUUUAAUGUUUUAGUAUUAGAUUUUCAAACAGAUGUGCAGGUGUUGUGUGCUUUAGAAGUGUGCCAACACUGACACAAGAUUUUGAAUCUUAUAUAGUUGCAUAGUUUACAAUCCAUUCAGACAAAGAAACAACAUUGUGUUUAGGCAGUGAUUUUUAUGCCAGAGACCUGAAUCUUCCUUAAAUCUCAUAUUAACUGUGUAGGAGAAUGUUAUGAAUUGUGAACUAUGACUGUCAAUGUAAAUACAGAGGAGCUCUCUAUGAUGAAUUGUGAAUUUGCAUUUGUUUUAAAAUGUGUUCUUCCAUUCCACUUGGUUUGAAAAUUAUAGAAUGAUGACUGUGAUUUUAUGAUUAUUGAUUAUGAUUCAACCAGUGGUUCUCAGUCUCAGCAAAGCAGCCCAUAUAACAUGACCUUGUUCAAUUUAUGAGCUACAUAUUAAAAAAGUUUAACAGUUUCUAGAGUAUAGAAAGCCUAUAACAUAAGUGUAAGCAUCAGCCAUACAGUAGACUGGGAUUGAGGACCACUGCAUACAUAGCUACUGAAAUCAAGGGAAGUUAUUUUUGUUAUUAAAGUAGUUCAAUUUGACUUUUUUUUGUAAAACAAUUCCACCAUUUCAAACCAUCUGCAAAGUUCCUUUAGAAUGAAUAAUUAAUUCUUAGUAGUUUGAUGUGAAAUGGUGCACUGUAGAGAAAGUUACAAGCUCAGAUUUCUUUACCUUGGGAAUGAUGGUUACCAGGGGUCACAGUGACUGAUAUUGCCAUAAUGCAAAAACUGACACUUUAUUUGAUGCCCAAACUGACCACUGAACCUUCAUGUGUGAGUUAUUCUGUGUAAUGCUGAUAAUGGUAAAAUAGAGGUAAAUUCAUAGUCUUUGCUUGGUUUUUAAAAAAUGUUUUAGGCCAAAAUCUUCUUGAAGCUAACAUAAAGCAAUGUCGGGCAUCAGGCAACAUUCAUAACAAUUUUGUGUAAUAACUUUGUGAUGUAGCUUAUUAGAGGUGUUAAACUCUUUCGAAAUCUUAUCACAACCACUGUGGACACUUCUGACUGUGUACAUUUCUCUAGAAUGUCACAUUUCACAUCACUCAUAAUGACUGUUUACAUCUUCACAAUUUCAUUAUGCAGAAGUUUUGAAAAAUCAUUGGAAUAUGCCUUUAAAUGUUGGAACUAUUCUGCUGACAAGCAUGUUGUCUGCUGGCCUUGUCUUUAAGGUUGUAAAAUUGCUAUAUAUUUUCUGAAACUGGCAUUGUCAGAUUGAAUAUUUAUUUUGUGUUGUAAUAUAGCAUUUGAUGAUACUAUCAUUACAUAUUUUAAUCCAGUGAAAUACCUUUGAUAUGUAGAAAGACAUCUGCUGACCUUUGAUUACAAGUGUGUGGGUUAUAAAAUGGACUUCUCUGGAACAAAAUAAUAAAGAGGUCAACAGUG